ACUUCUGGUCGCUCCACGAGUCAGCAGCGCGGUUAUUCGCUGUCUGGCUUUUCUCCCGUCAAGUUGCGUCUCGUUUCUGACGGAGCUCUGAAGAUUUAAGAAAAAAGAGGAGAAACUUCUGAAAACAAAUUUCUGCUGGAAGAAGUUUAGUAUUAGGAUUUAUCUACAGGAACCCGACGAUUGGAGCCUGUCUUUCUGCUGGGGGAAAGGCGGCUGAACUUUUUUCUUCUCUUUCUUUCUUUUCUUUUCUUUUUCCCCUCAAAAAUGAACCGGAGUUUUAACAAGUCGCAGCCUUUGCGCGCUGGUAAUUGUAACGCCGUGGAAGUAAAAAGCAAGUAUGGAGCAGAGUUCCGCAGGUUCUCCUUGGACCGGAUCAAGCCCGGCAAGUUUGAGGAGUUCUACAAGCUUAUCCUCCACAUUCACCGCAUCGCUAAUAUGGAGGUGAUGAUUGGCUAUGCCGACGUCCACGGGGACCUGCUGCCGAUUAACAAUGAYGAUAACUUUUGCAAGGCUGUGUCAACGGCUCAUCCGCUGCUGAGGAUAUUCAUACAGAAACAAGAGGAGGUCGACUACAGUAACUUYGGCAACAACACGAUAACCCGCAGGAAGAAGGCCGUGGUAACGCUGCGCAACAGCGACGUCAACCGCAAGCGCCCUCACAUCCGCAUCGGCAUGCCGCAGGACUUUCGGCCCGUUUCCUCCAUCAUCGACGUGGACAUCCUGCCCGAAUCUCACCGCCGCGUUCGUCUGUAUCGCCACGGCUCCGACAAACCCCUGGGCUUCUACAUCCGAGACGGAACCAGCGUCCGCGUGACGCCUCACGGUCUGGAAAAGGUCCCAGGCAUCUUCAUAUCUCGGCUGGUGCCUGGAGGGCUGGCGGAGAGCACGGGGCUGCUGGCGGUGAACGACGAGGUGCUGGAGGUGAACGGCAUUGAAGUGACGGGGAAGUCGUUGGAUCAAGUGACGGACAUGAUGAUCGCCAACAGCCACAACCUGAUCGUGACCGUCAAACCAGUGAACCAGCGCAACAACGUGGUCCGCAGCAGCAGGAUCUCCGGCAGCUCAGGCCAGUCGUCUGACAGCGGCGGGUCGACCAGUUACCCCAGUCUGUCGAUGGCCUUGGCGCGCGAGACGGCCCCUGGAGCGCACGGUUACCACGAUGACCUGGAGAGCGACGAGGACGCGGAUAUCGUCAUCGAGAGCCGCCUCAAACGGCCGUCUCAGCGGUCCAACGCGUCCUUGGCGUCCAGCGCGUCUCGCACGCACCAACAGGCUCCGACGACAACGUCAGGUCCGACGACUUCUCCAAGCCCUCCCUCACGUCCAUCUUCUGUGAUCUCCACCGCCUCCUUCCAGUCACAGACAAGUCUGAACGGAGGAUCCCAUCACUACCAACAACAACAACAGCAACACCACAGCAGCCUGAGCCUCCAGCUGCACAGAGACCUGAACCUUAAACACAACCAGCACCAACAGUCCAAACACAGCGAGCCGCACACACAGCCUCUGCAUCACAGCAGCAACCCAGCCCUCCGGCACAGCAAUGGCAGCCUGCACAAAAUCCUCAGCUCUCUGAAAACGGACCCACGUCACAGUCUUGCUCUUCCCAAGGGAGGGGUGGAGGAGGAUGGCACCGUCAUUACGCUAUAAUAACUACAGAUAGAGAAACAAACACGCCAGCUGCUCAGAAACUGAACUGGAACAAGCCAGAGAAAUACGAGCAACUACAGAACUUCUGAUGAUUUUUACAUGAAUGAUAAUAGGAAGUUUACAAUGAUCGUGUGUAUAUAUAUAUAAAUAUAAAUAGUAUCGUAUUUUUUUUGUUUUCUUGUCUUGUAUGCAAAGAUGUGUUCUGUAGAAGCGUCRGAACAAACUGUUUUAGACUAGUUGACUGUAGAAUAGAGUUCUGAAUGUACCUACAACCAUUUCUUUAUGACCACUUUUUUAGAUCCUUUUUCAUCAUUAUUAUUGGGACCAACUUCUGGGCUGCUUCGGGACAUCUUGAAAGAGUGAAUCUGUUUCUUAUCUUCUGGUAAACAUAAGUUUUGUUUUAUUAUGUCUUUUAUGCCAUGAUGAUUGUGAUCAAAUCUUUGUAUCUUGUUAAAUAAAUUAUUCUAUCUCACAUUUUAUACAAACUAGAAAA